AUGGAGAUGCUGGAGAUCAGUGGACCGUCUGGGAGCGGCCCCAAGGUGGAGGAUCUGCCGACCCCGCGCCCGUUGGGCUUCAAGGGCGUGGUGUCCACGGUCGACCGCCACAUCAAACAGCUUGAGAAGAAGCUCAAUGCCGACAUGGUUCAGUAUGAGCGAUGGAAGAAUUGGCUUGACGACAAAAGGGAACCUAUUGCCAAGAUCAGAGUCGAACUACGUGAUGAGGUUGCUAAGUAUGAAGGCUUGGUGGAGCAGCUCUCCAGCCAAUUAUGUGCGCCAGAUCCGACCCAGCAGAAGACCCAGGUCACGCUGCAGGAGUUGCUCAGCGGCAACGGGGAGUUCCUCGACCUCUCCAGCGUCGAGAGCGCUUUCGGGGUCGAUGGCGACGUCUACGAUAUUCAAGAUUCAGAUCGAGGGGAGCUCGCAGCCAGAUCGCAGCAGCUACGCGAGCAGAUCUCCAACGCCGCCAAGACCUCUUCGGCCAGGCUUCCCAAAAUAUCGAAGAGCUCAAGAGCGCGCACAAGGCUCACGUCCUCUGCCCCGGCAAGAAGCGCAAGAAUAACGAAGGUGAAGCUACAAGUGGUGCCGCCGAUUCAAGGGCUGGAGGUGCCGCAGGAUCUAAUGACGGAGCUGGUGGAGUGGCACCUGAGGGCGGCAGGGGGGCCCUCAUGUUCAUGGUUCAUCCGAUAUUCCAAGUGGUCCAUCGGCCACGUCUUCAUCCCCACCGGCGCCCGAUUCGUUUCUCGGAAUUACAUCGUCAGAAAGUUCAUCGGCGAGGGCUCCCUCGUCGGCGACAUCGGCUGA